UCAGUUGGCUGCGCUAUACACAAGCCCCUGUUUGGAGUUUUGCCACCUUCGUCUUUGGCCCACAGCCGACUCAUCCAGCUGAUCAUCAAGCAAAACUAGCAUGUGCUUUAGUCAGUCGUUUAGUUAAAUCAAAUAUUUAUCAUGGACUCUUAUUUGCUGCCCGUCCUUAUCAUUGUGCUGCUGAACUGUUUUUAUUUUUCUCACGGAGCUGCUAUACCAGACUUAUCAGAUAACAAAUCGUAUGAGAUUGUCACACCAAUUCGAGUCAAUCACAAACGUGAAUCAAUUAAAAAUGUACACCAUUUUCGUAAACGGAGUGUGCCUACGCCUGAGGAAGAUGCAGCCUUCUUCGGGGACUCGGAUAAAACUAUGUAUUUAAUAGAAGCUUUUGGGCACCAAUUUCAUUUAACUUUAGCCCAUGAUGAUUCUUUUAUUGCUUCAAAUUUUGUCGUAGAUGCUAUAGGUUCAACUGGGGAUGAUAUAUACAAUACGUUACAGAAUGACGCGCCUCAUCAUUGCUUUUAUACUGGAAAUGUUAACAGUCAUCCCGAUUCCGCUGCUGUCAUGAGUUUAUGCAACGGAAUGUUUGGCUCAUUCAAAACAAAUGUAGGAGACUUUUAUGUUGAACCAGUAAAAAACCAAUCUCAAUUUGAAAAAGCUGAUGAAACGGAUACAAAAUCACAUAUUAUAUAUCACAAUUUACCCAAGAAAAAUCAACAAGAAAAAAAGAAGAAUCUAUGUGGUGUUAAAGGUCUAUCGGUGCUGGCGAUCCCAUAGAAAUUGUCACAGUGUU